AUUUUCUAGAUCGCCCACGAGCGCCCUUCCCUGUCGGUCUCUCUCUCCCCCUGUCUCUCUUCCCCCUCUCUCCUUUGCUCUUUUGCAUGUUGGUUUUUUCUUUCAAGCUUAAGCCGAAAAUUCCUCUUCCCUCCUUAAAACCCCCCUUUUCCCUCCCCAAAAAUUUCCCUCUUCCUUAGUUUAAAUGAGCUUUUGUCAGGGGUUGAUAGUUAAAUAGGUUCUUGCAUUUCAGCCUCUUUCAAGCUAGAGUUGCUUCUUUCCCGGUCCCGGUCCUGGUUCGUUUUUUUACUAGGUUUGUUUUUUUUGAUCGCGUUUUGCUGUGCUUUUUGGAGCGGUAGUACUAAGUUUGUGUGUUUUUUAAGUUGAAUUAGUUUGUUUCCUGAGGUUGGAUUUCUUCAGUUGAGCGAUCAAGGUCGGUUUGUGAUCUGACCGUAACGGUGGCUAAUUUUUGCUCUUAUAGUUAGUUGAUCUGAGCAUUUGAUCUGGGCUUGUUUCAGAUCUUACGAUUAGGCCCUUGAAAUGGUGGAUCUGAGUGAUAAAGUUUCAGAAUCUGAAGAUAUGAACAGCCAAACCCCAACCCCAGAGAGAGUCUCCUCCUCAUCCGAUGGCACUCAAAUCAAGACCUGUACUGAUUGUGGCACUACCAAAACUCCCCUCUGGAGAGGUGGUCCAGCUGGCCCCAAGUCGCUGUGUAAUGCAUGUGGGAUCAGGAGCAGGAAAAAGAGGAGAGCACUCCUGGGAUUAAACAAAGAGGAAAAGAAACCAAAGAAGUCCACUAGCAGCAGCAGCAGCAACAACAACAAUAGCAGUAGUACCAGUAAUAAUUAUUCGAGCGGGAGUGGUGAUAGUAAUAGCUCAAGUGGGUUUUCGUUGAAGAGGAAGCUAUUGUCUUUCGGCCGAGAUGUUGUUGUUCCCUUGCAGAGACCAAGAUCAAGUACAAAUGGUCAGAGGAGGAAGCUAGGAGAGGUUGAGCAAGCAGCCUUUCUGUUGAUGGCUUUAUCAUGUGGCUCGGUUUAUGCUUGAGAGCAAGAGUUUCCCCGUAGCACUACUAGUUCAAAAUUUAGCUGUAACGGUUUCUUCGUUAUCUUUUUACUACUACUUACUACUCUAGUAGAGGGAUGCAUGAGCAAGAUUGAGCUAAAAGAGCUACUUGUCGUGAUGUGUAAUCUCCGAGAAUGGCAGAGUCGAUUUUUUCUUUUUUCUUUUUUUUUGGGGGUAAUGAUGAAAAUCCUGAUCCGGUCCAGUUCUCUCACUUUGGGCUAAA